AUGACUCGCCCCGCGCAGCGGGGCCCGACAGCAGCAGCAGCAGCAGCAGCAGCCGAGGGAAGCCGGGACGGCUUCGGCAUGGACAUGGAGGGCCCCGAAGUGGGAGCAGCAGCAGCAGUGGACAGCAGCCCCUCAGCAGCAGCAGCAGCAGCAGCAGCAAACAAGCGGCUGCGCCGCCGCGGCAGCAGCACCAGCGCCUCCCCAGAUACCCGCAGACGCCAGGGGGCCCCCGAACCCUCUGUGGGGCCCCGGGGGGCCCCCCAAAGGGAGGAGGGUGAGUUGAGUUUUGUGUCUACCCCCGGCCACUGCCACCGCCCCUACAAGCAGCAGCAGCAGCAGCAGCAGCAGCAGCAGCGGCAGCAGGACCGCGGCCGCUGGGCCAGCAGGGAGGCCCCCCGUUCUCUGUCCCCUCGCCGCUACCGCAGCGCCAGCCGAAGUGUCUCCUUUGACCGCCGCAGAAGUCCCUCGAGGGGCCCCUCCAGGGGCCCCUCUAGGGGCUCCUCAAGGGGCCCCUCCAGGGGGCCCUCUAGGGGCCCCUCUAGAGGGUACUCGCGGGGUAGGGGCCCCUCCAGGGAGUACUCUAGAGGCAGGGGGCCCUCUAGGGGGCCCUCAAGGGGCAGGGGCCCCUCUAGGGGGCCCUCGAGGGGCCCCUCUAGGGACCUUUCCAGGAGCCUCUCUAGGGGCCCCUCCAGGGGCCCCUCUAGGGGCCCCCCGUCUCCGCGGGGGCACCUGGAGUCGAAUGGUCUUGGGUACCGCGGGCGGGGCAGCAGCAGCAGAGGGGCGGCGGCGCAGCAGCAGCAGCACGGAGCGGCGGCGGCGGCGGGAGAGCAGCAGGGCGGAGCAGCAGGGCAGCAGUGGGGCAGCAGCAGCAGAGACAGGGACCGGGAGUUGAGAGACAGAGACAGGGACUUCCGAGAAAGAGAAAAAGACUUCAAAGACAAACUCAAAGACCCCAGAGACAGGGGGGCCCCCUGGGGGCCCCCCCCCCGCCCCAGGGGCCCCUGGGGGGUACGCCUGGAGGGCCUCCCCCGAAGUGUCUCCAAAGGAGACAUUUUGGAUUGGCUGCGGGACGGGGGCCUCCGGGUGGCCCCUGAGCAGCUGCUGCUGCCGCAGCAGCAGCAGCAGGACGGGGACCCGCAGCAGCAGCAGCAGCACUUGUUUGCAUGCGUCUCGCUGCACUCCAGAGAAGCAGCAGAAACUGCGCAGUUCCGCAUGCACCGCAGGCUGCUGCAGGGAAAGAGAAUAGAUGUCUUUUUGAUUCACCCUGGAGACCCGAAGCCCAGCAGCAGCAGCAGCAGCAGCAGGUCUGCUGCAGCAGCAGCAGGAGCAGCAGCGGGGGGCCCCAGGGGCUCCCUGAGCCCCUCUCCCCGCCGCCGCUACCGCAGCCUCUCCCGCGGCUCCCCCCGGGGGCCCCCCGCUACGAGGGUACUGUACCCUUUCGAGGGGGGCCCCCCCGGGAGCGGCAGCGCAGGAGGCCCUGGAGGGGCCCCUCUUACUCCAGGUCCCCUUCUGCUGCUAGAAGGGGGCCCCCCAGGAGACGCCAGGCCUCCAGGAGCCCCCCGAGGGGGCCCCCCCGCGACAGAGACAGAGACAGGGGCCGCCACAGGAGGGGCGGGGGUGAAGCCGGACGAGACGGACGCCAUCAGCCCCCCUGCUGCUGCUGCAGCAGCAGCAGCAAAGGAGACGGAGACGCAGCAGGGCAAGGAGACAGCAGCAGGGCAGGCGCGGGGCAGCCGCAGCGCGUCCCCGCAGCCGAAGGAGGAGCAGCAAAGUGGAGACAGCAGCUGCAGCAAAGGCAGCAGCUGCUCCUUCUGCCACGACCCGGCCCACGCCACAGACGCAGCAGCAGCAGCAGCACAGAAGCAGGCCCCGGGAGCCAAAAAGGACAAGGGGAAGAAAGCUGAGAGCCGGGAGCAGCAGCAGCAGUACGCGCUGGAGCGGCACCGGCGCGGCUGGUGCCAGCCCUGCAAGGCCUUUUUUGCUGCUGAUGCUGUUUGCAAAGCAGCAGCAAAAGGGACACUUUGUCUCCAGUGCCACCACGAAGACCACAGGCCCCACAUGCCCGUCUCCAUUGCUGCUGCUCUCGUAAGCAGCAGCAGCAGCAGCAGCAGCAGCAGCAGAGGCAGCACAGCAGCAGCAGAAGCAGCGCAGCUGCAGCAGAAGUAG